UAUGGUCCAGUACCAGGGUUAAACAGUUAUUUCAAAUUUCAUUUCAAGUUAAGCAUAUGUGUACCAUGACUUCCAAGUGUCAACCUGAUAAUGACAUAUGCAUACACCAUACCAUUUGUAAUUUUCUAGUCUUAUUAUGGGCAGCCUUCUAUAAUAAACUAGCAUGUCGUUUGCCCUUAAUCUAAACUAACAGUACGCCACUCGCUAGAAAUGUGCCAUUUGUAAAUCGCGAGGUCCACCAGACCACCCUGUACUGGACGGACGAACGGCCGGCCGGUCAGCCGGCUGGCUCAUCUGGAGGUUUUAUAUCCUCUCUAGCAGUGAAGCACCACCCGUACCAAGCCAUCAUGAAGCGUCUCCAUUCUGCAUGCUUUGUCCUACUCCCUUACACUUAUCUCCUAUUACACGCCGCCGCGCCGGUGAGAGCCGACAUCCGGCGUGAAGCCGAAGCACUUGUGAAGUGGAAGGCUAGCUUGGCCGGUGCCGAUGACCUUGGGUCAUGGUCAUUGGCCAACUCCACCAGACUUUGCAAUUGGACAUGCAUCACUUGCGACUCGGCCAGGCACGUCAGAAGGCUCGACAUUUCGCUCGCAAGUUUGAAUGGCACACUUGACGAGUUCGACUUUUCGGCCUUUCCCCACCUGAAGGAACUCCUACUGAUCAACAGUGAUCUACACGGCACCAUUCCAGCAGGGUUUGGCAACCUGACGAGCUUGGUCAAGUUGGACAUCGGCAAGACCAAUUUGAGGGGUCGCAUUCCACGCAGUAUUAGGCAGCUGAAGCACCUUGCCGAACUGUACAUGGUAGAUUUGGGGCUUGAUGGCACGCUACCUGAAGAGAUCGGUAACCUGACGAACUUGAAGGAGCUCCAUCUCAGUGCCCUUAGUUUGACUGGACCAAUCCCACCAACAAUUGGCAUGCUCAGGAAGCUCCGUGUGCUGAGUCUGGUACAUAGCAAGCUUACAGGGACCAUCCCGAUGGAGAUUGGAAACAUGACAGAACUACAGUUCGUGAAUAUUAUGUAUAACUGUUUGGGUGGGCAGCUACCAGAAAACCAGCUCGAAGGGCACAUCGUUCCCGAGCUUGGGAAUAGCAGCCAGCUGGAAAGCAUAGGGAUUGCAAAUAACAACUUCUCCGGGUUGUUCCCAUCAUCGAUUUGUGUAGGAGGAGCCCUGAAAACUGUUAGUGCUGAAUACAAUGGAUUUACGAGCAUUCACCAUCAGACCUUUCAGAACUGCACAACCUUGCAAUAUGUUGACUUCACAGCAAACAACAUUGUUGCAGAGCUAAGGGACUGCAAUAAUUUCUCUGGUACAAUACCUUCUUGGGCAAGCAGGAGCUUGCCUGAACUCAACUUUCUUCGAUUGUCAUCAAAUAUGUUUGACGGCAUCAUACCCCACCAGAUAUUACAAUUUCGAAAACUCCAGGUGUUGGACUUGUCAAAAAACAAGCUCACCGGACCCAUUCCAGAUGAUUUUAGGAAUUUUACUGGCAUGGUGCAUGAACAGGAAGACAUUGACUAUAUAUAUGAUGGCUACACCACGUAUGCACCGGAAAUUCAAAUAGUUUGGAAGAAUGUAGAUCAACUUUACAUUGUGGUGAUAGCAGGCAUGGCCGGUAUCGACUUGUCUGGAAACUCUUUGUCACAGGAGAUUCCAAAUGGGCUCACAACCCUUCUUGCAAUCAGAUACCUGAACUUAUCAGGAAAUCAUCUGUCAGGUUUUAUCCCCGAAGACAUUGGCAAUCUAGUACUGCUGGAAUCCUUGGACCUUUCUCGGAGCCAACUAUCAGGGGAAAUUCCUCCAAGCUUUACAGAUUUGAAGAGCAUUACCGUUCUGAACCUCUCGAGCAACAGUUUAUCGGGGAGGAUACCUACAGGUGAUCAGCUGCGGACACUCGAUGACCCGUCAAUAUACAGCAAUAAUCUUGGGUUAUGCGGGUUUCCGUUGGAAGACUGCGUAAGCUCGUCAACACCGACACAAACUGAAACAAGCCUGGAUGAAGAUAGAGAGACACUGUGGUUUUACUGCUUUGUGGCUGCUGGGUUUAUCUCUGGGUUCUGGCUAUACUGGGGCACCUUCUUGUUUCGCAGCGAGACACGGAGGUAUUCAUUAUAUCAGUAUGUGGACAACAUGCAAGCGAAGGUGACCAAGAAGAUGUAUAGCUGCAUGAAGCGCUUCCAGGCCAACGAGCAAGGUCCUGAAUGUCAGAUUGGUAGGUUAUUGUCUUCAGCAAUCAGCAUAUUGGAUAUCAGUGUUCCAGUAUCAGAGUUGAUUAAGCAUCUGUGUGCCAUGUCGUCCAAGUGUCACCCUGAUAAUGGCAUGUGCCUUCAUCAUGCCAUUUGCGCCUUUACGCCGGUGAGAGCCAACACCCGGCGUGAAGCUGAAGCACUUCUGAAUUGGAAGGCUAGCUUGGGCGGUGCCAACGAGUUCCUUGAAUCAUGGUCGUCAGCCAACUCCACCAGCAUCUGCAGAUGGAAGUAUAUCAGCUGCAACUCGGCCAGGCACAUCAGGGAGCUCGACCUCAGUGAUGCAAAUCUGAACGGUACACUUGAUGAGUUCGACUUCUCGGCCUUUCCCCACCUGAAGAGACUCAUUAUGUACCAGAGCGGCCUCUACGGUACAAUUCCAGCAGGGAUUGCCAACCUGACGAGCUUGGUCGUGUUGCAGAUCAUCGAUAACCCAUAUUUGGGGGGUGCCAUUCCGCGCAGCAUCGGCCAGCUGAAGCACCUUGCUGUACUGGAAUUAGCACUCCUGGGGCUCAGUGGAACAAUACCUGAAGAGAUAGGUAACUUGACGAGUUUGAAGGGGCUCUAUCUCAACUCGGGUGCUUUGACUGGAUCAAUCCCACAAAAAAUUGGGACGCUUAAGAAGCUCGACACACUGAGCCUGGAAGACAACAAUCUGACAGGGAGCAUCCCACCUGAUAUUGGAAACAUGACAGAACUCCAGGCGUUGUUCUUUUCAGAUAACUGUUUGGAAGGAGAGCUACCAGACCUAAGGGACUGUUUUGCCGAGCAUCCAGGGUAUCUUCGGAAGAUGUCUUUCAGACAAAACCACCUGUAUGGCACAUUUCUGACAGAUCUUGGCGAGGUAUUUGUUAGUAACUACACCUAUUUAUUCUUCCUGGACCUAUCAAACAAUGCCUUAGAUGGAGAUCUCUCCAAGUCUUCUUGGGACAUGCCAUAUUUGGCAUUCAUGGAUCUGUCAAGCAACUCUUUCAGCGGUGUAGUUCCAUUCUCCUGGACAUGUGAUAGUCUUAACUAUCUGCACCUAGCAAAUAAUCACUUCGAGGGAACCUUUCCUUUGUUUCUUUUGAAAUGCAAAAACCUUAUCACUCUAGAUCUUGGUGGCAAUAAUUUCUCAGGUCCAAUACCUUCUUGGGUAUUGGAUUUGUCAAAAAACAAGCUCACCGGGCCCAUUCCAAGUGAUUUUACGAAUUUUACUGGCAUGACACAAGAACCGAAAAACAUUGAGAACGCAUACUCUGACCACUACAUGUAUGCAGAGCGGAUUGAAAUUGUUUGGAAGAAUGUGGAUCAUGUUUACAAUAUUAUGAUAGCAGCGAUAGCGGGUAUCGACUUAUCUGGAAACUCUCUGACACUAGAGAUCCCAAAUGGGCUCACAACCCUUCUUGGCCUCAGGUACCUGAACUUAUCAGGAAAUCAUUUAUCAGGUUCUAUUCCUGAAGAUAUUGGCAAUCUAGUAUUGUUGGAAUCCUUGGACCUUUCACGGAAUAAGCUUUCGGGGGAAAUUCCUAUAAGCCUUGCAGGUUUGAAGGACAUGAGUUCUCUGAACCUCUCGAGCAACGGUUUAUCAGGGAGGAUACCUACAGGCAGCCAGCUGCAGACGCUUGUAGAUCCGUCGAUAUACGGAAGUAAUCCAGGGCUAUGUGGAUUCCCGUUGAAGGACUGUGUAAACUCAUCGACACCGACACAAACUGAAACGAGUCAGGCAGAAGAUAGAGAGACACUCUGGUUUUAUUGCUUUGUGGCUGCUGGGUUCAUUUGUGGGUUCUGGUUGUACUGGGGCAUCUUCUUGUUUAGCAGCGAGACAUGGAGGUUUGCGUUCUACCAGUAUGUGGACAACAUGCAAGCAAAGGUAACCAAGAAGAUGUACAGCUGCAUGUCGCGCUUCCAGGCCAGCGGCUCUGAAUGA